AUAAAUCAGAUACCACUUGAUCAGUGAAGGCCUAAAGCUAAUUUACUUCAAUCAAUCGAACUUCUUCUUUGCCCCUGCUCCUCCCGCUUAUCGUCGCUAGGAUUUUCCACCAUGGAUACUACUCUUCAGGAUCUGAAUGCUCCCCACUCGAUGGGCACCACCAUCAUCGGCGUCACUUACAAUGGCGGGGUCAUCCUCGGUGCAGAUUCCCGUACCAGCACCGGAAUGUACGUCGCUAACAGGGCUUCGGACAAGAUCACCCAGCUCACAGAUAACGUCUACGUCUGUCGCUCGGGAUCGGCUGCUGAUUCCCAGAUUGUUUCUGACUAUGUUCGAUACUUCUUACAUCAACACACCAUACAAUUGGGACAGCCUUCAACCGUGAAAGUGGCUGCAAACCUUGUCCGCUUAUUAUCCUAUGGCAAUAAGAACAUGCUACAAACUGGUAUCAUAGUUGGCGGGUGGGACAAGUAUGAAGGUGGGAAAAUUUAUGGAGUUCCUCUUGGUGGAACAUUGGUAGAGGCACCCUUUGCGAUUGGAGGAUCUGGCUCCAGUUACUUAUACGGGUUUUUUGAUCAAGUUUGGAAAGAGGGCAUGACCAAAGAGGAAGCAGAGCAAUUAGUGGUGAAGGCAGUUUCCCUUGCCAUAGCAAGAGAUGGUGCUAGCGGUGGUGUCGUUCGUACUGUAGUUAUUAACUCUGAUGGAGUGACGAGAAACUUCUACCCUGGUGACACUCUACCUCUGUGGCACGAAGAGUUGGAGCCGCAUAACUCGUUGUUGGAUAUACUCAAUGCACAGGGACAAAGCCCUGAGCCAAUGAACAUAUGAAGGAAGGUAUGGGGAUGGUAGAUGGUGUUGGGGUUUCCUAGUUAUGCCGGGAAAUCCCUUUUGAGCAUCAGUUGGUUUGGUUCUAUGUACACCUUCCAUUUCAAAAAGGUUCUGGGUUUAUGAAUUACCUGGUGAGCUGCUGCUACAUUAGUAAUGUACUGUGUUUGGAUCUUUUUUAGUGCAUUACUUGAGAUGUUCUGUUUAAAUCUGCGUGAUCAUUGACCGCACUUCACCGGGUGCCUAUGUUGGCUGACUACUGUAUAUCGUUUCGUUUGCCUUCGUUCCCCUUCACAUCUGAACCCUAAACCACAGAGCAACUGGUCCGUUAACAUCCCUGGAUAUAAACGAACGGUGGUGCAAUGAUACGUUAUGUGAGCACACUUUGUUUGUGGUCUGUGGAGGAUGUGGAAGUCACAAAUAAUGUUAGUGAUUUAUGAGCAUGUUUAGCCCCUGAUUGCUGCUCGAUUUUCCCAUCAAGUUCUGAGGU